AUGCACGUGCUGGUCUGUGUCCAUCCUUCCCUCAGCACCCACCGAGCUGCCGGCUCCGCUGCUCCCACGGAGCAAAGGUUGGCAGCGAGGGCAGCGUCAGCCCCGUCCCGGGAAACCUGCGGAGCCAGCAGCGAGGGCUCCUUAUUGCUGGGAAAACACGGGCUGGUCCAGCGGGAUGGAGUCCGGGCUCGAGUGUCGCUGGCAGAACCGGGAAGGAGCGGGCGCUGGGCGUACCUCAGCCAGCUGGCCAGUGAGAACAGCCCAGAGCUCGGCCCGAGCAGCGAGCUGGGCAGGGGCGUGCAAAACCUGAAGGGACGCGCUCAGGAUGGGGUCGGCUACGUGGGGGACUUCCUGGAGAAGCUGGAACCUCUGGGCAGAGCCCUCCAGCCCCAGCUCUCCCCCGACGGGGCCGAGGCCCGCGGGCAGGUGGGCAGGCCCCUGGAGGGUGUUCGCCACCAGCUGCAGCCCUUCGCGGAGCAGCUGCUGCACCGGGUGUCCCCGCGGGCCCGGGAGCUGCGGCGGCAGCUGCUGCCCGGCCGGGAGGCGGCAGCGCAGCGCCGCGGGGCCGACGAGCUCCAGCGCUUCCCGGCUGACGACGCCGACGAGCUGGCCUUCCACACCCACCGGGCGCGGGACGUUCUCCAGCCCCAGCCCGAGCGGCCGGGGAGCGGGGCCCAGCGCCACGUGCAGGGGCUGCAGCCCCGCGUGGCCCCGCACGGCCGGGCCGGCCCCGAGCAGCUCGACCGGCACGUCCAGGAGCUCUCGGCCCGGCUGAGCCAGCCCGCCCGGGACCUGCUCCGGCAGAUCCGGAGGAACCGGCAGCAGCUCGAGGCGAAGCGGAGCCCGCGGCCGGGCCCCCCCGCCGAGGGGCGGCCCCGGGAGGGGCAGGAAUUCCGCCGGCAGAGCUGCCCGCAGGGCCCGGCCUUGCCCCGCGCGCUGCAGACGGAGGGGACGCGGCGGGAGCUGCGGGCCCGGCCCGGGGAGCCGCCCGGGGAGCCGGGGCUGCGGGCCCGGCUGGACGCGCUGCGGCGGGAGCUGUGGCGGAGCUCGGAGCGCUGAGGGGCCCGCGGGGCCGGGAGGAGCCGCCAGCACCGGGAGGAGCCGCCGCCGCCACGCGUGACCCGCCCCACGUGGCCGCUCACGU